GUCAGUGAUGAUGAUUCUUAUUCUAGCAUAUCUAAUAGAUCAAGUGAUGAUGAUUCUGAUUCUAUGAUAUCUAGUAGAUCAAGUGAUGAUGAUGAUUAUGAUUCUAGCAUAUCUAAUAGUAGCUCAAGUGAUGAUUAUUCUGGUGCUAUCAUAUCUAGUAGGUCAAGCGACAAUGAUUUUGAUACUAUCAUAUCUAGUAGGUCAUGUGAUGGUGAUUCUUUUUCUAGUAUGUUUAUGUUAUCAAGUGAUGAUGAUUGUGAUUCUAGCACAUCUAGUAGAAUAAGUGAAGAUGAAUCUGUCAUGUCUAGUAGGUCAAGUGAUGAUGAUUCUGAUUCUAUCAUAUCUAAUAGGUCAAGCAAUGAUGAUUCUACUAUGUCUAGUAGAUCAAGUGAUAUUGAUUCUAUCAUGUCUAGCAGGUCUAGUGAUGAUAAUUCUGAUUCUAUCGUGUCUAGUAGAUCAUGA